AGUCGUGUUUCUUUCUAACUGACUCACACAUCAGCAGACUGAAGAGCUAAGAUGUUUACUGCUUUAAUGGACUCCUUACAGGGUUUUGGGGUGAGCAGCACCCACUACCUGCAGACCAACUAUAAGGAUGCCCAGGGUCUGUUUCUCUGGGUGUCCUGGGCUGCAGAUCUCAGGAACACCUUCUUCAUCUUCUUCCCGCUUUGGUUUCACCUGCGGUCGUCAGUGGGUAUCAAGCUCAUCUGGGUGGCUGUGAUUGGAGACUGGCUAAACUUGGUGUUCAAAUGGAUUCUGUUCGGGGAGAGGCCUUACUGGUGGGUCUUUGAGGCAGAUUACUAUUCAACCUCUGCUCCUCCUCACAUUGAGCAGUACCCUAUGACCUGUGAGACUGGACCAGGCAGUCCCUCCGGCCAUGCUAUGGGAGCUGCAGGCGUCUACUACACCUUGGUGACCUCGAUCCUCGCCAUCACGACCAGCAAGAAGAAAUUUGGAAGCAAGAAAUCCACCAACAAAGAAUGGUAUCUGAAGGCCAUUCUGUGGACACUGUUCUGGGGAGUCCAGGUGUGUGUCUGUCUCUCAAGAGUCUUCAUUGCUGCCCACUUCCCCCAUCAGGUCAUUGCUGGUGUUAUCACAGGUAUGAUAGUCGCUGAGAUCUUCAACAGAAUUCAGUGGAUCUACAACGCAAGCAUGAAGAAGUACUUCUACACCACCUUUUUCUUGACCUCCUUUGCCGUCGGCUUCUACCUGCUGCUCAAGACCGUGGGCGUGGACCUGUUGUGGACCCUGGAGAAAGCCCAGAAGUGGUGCGUUAACCCAGAGUGGGUCCAUCUAGACUCCACUCCCUUUGCCAGCCUCCUGCGCAACAUGGGCACCCUGUUCGGUUUGGGCCUGGGCCUGCACUCCCCCCUCUACACUGAGACCAAGAAGAGCAGCAGCACAUUGGCUAAAGCAGGGUGCGUCAUCAGCUCUCUGGUCCUGCUGCACCUGUUUGACUCCUUCAAGCCUCCCACACACACCGCAGCUCUCUUCUACCUGCUGUCCUUCUGCAAGAGCGCCACCGUGCCUCUGGUCACCGUUAGUAUCAUCCCAUACUGCGUAAACGGAGCUCUGGGCCUGCAAAACAAAAAGGGAGUGUGAGCUCAAACUCAGAUUAUAAAGACUAAUAAAACUGGAAGUGCAGAGUAAUCUCUUCCAGGAUCCUAAAAAAAAGACUUUACUCAGGUGCUUAUUGCAUUCACAUAACCAAAUGAUCAUCAGAAGACGCCUAAGGGAUCAAUGGGAAAUUGUCAAUUGGAUUUUGGACUCUGUGAACACUGUGUGACAUUAAGUGAAAACACUAUCCAUGAUGCCCAGUGGCACUUACAAAGACUCAUGUUUUGAAUAUAGCGAAGUAAGAUUGUGUGCGAAAAGGACAACACAAGAGUUUAACAAAGUAAUAUUUGGUUGCAGCUGCUGUGUUAAACCUCACUUUAAGGAUAAUAACAAACUCAUUUUUGUGUGUUAUUUCACCUUUAAUAGUAAUGUAUUUUUGAACAUUAUAGAAAGUAUUUUUGGAACAGUUUUGAAUAUUUUUUAAUAAAAAAUAUUUUAAAUGC